AAGUAGAAAAUCAACUCCAUAACUCCACCGAUAAGAGGCGAUAAUCAAACGGCGCAGUUGAUACGACGUUCCAGCUUCUUUCAAGGAUAUAAAAAGCAGAGGAAAAAACUCACACCGUAUCAUCUAAGCUCGCCACCAUGGGCAAAAAGAACAAGAAGUCUGCCGAGCACAAGGAGCGUGUAGCAGCGAAGCAGUCGAAGAAGGCUGACAAGAAGGAAAAGAAGGGCAAGGGCAAGGGCAAGGAUGCCGACAGUGAUGUCGAAGAUGCGGACUUGGAUGCCAUCCUAGCGCAGUAUGCUGAAGAACAAGCGAAGUUCCUCAAGGUUACUGAGGUUGUUGGCGGGCCACCGACUCCCCGCUCGUCUGCAACGGUUUUGGCUUCUCCCUCGAAUCGGAAUGAGCUGCUGAUCUAUGGUGGAGAGUACUUUGAUGGAAAUCUUGCCACGUUCUUCAACAAUCUCUUCGUUUACAAUAUUGAUCGUGGAGAGUGGAGAGAAGUUACCAGUCCCAAUAGUCCCCUUCCUCGGAGUGGACAUGCUUGGUGCCGCGGUGGGAAUACUGGUGGUGUCUAUUUGUUUGGUGGAGAGUUCUCUUCGCCCAAGCAGGGUACGUUCUAUCAUUACAACGACUUCUGGCACCUUGAUCCCUCGACGAGGGAAUGGAGUCGUCUGGAGACGAAGGGCAAGGGUCCUCCGGCCAGAAGUGGUCACAGAAUGACAUACUUCAAAAACUACAUUAUUCUCUUCGGAGGAUUCCAGGACACCUCCCAGCAAACCAAGUAUCUUCAAGACUUGUGGAUCUAUGACUGCUCAAGAUACACCUGGUUCAACCCCACGCUCCCACCAGCAUCCCAGAAGCCCGAUCCUCGGUCUUCCUUCUCCUUGCUCCCUCACGAGACUGGCGCCGUUCUCUACGGUGGAUAUUCGCGUGUGAAGGCCACCACAGGAAUCAACGGCAAGCCCGUCAAGAACGGACCUCAGCGCAUGACCAUGAAGCCCAUGGUUCACCAAGAUACCUGGUUCCUCCGGGUCACGCCUCCUGCUCCCGACGCUCCCGCCAAUGCUGCGCCCACCGUCCGUUGGGAGCGCCGGAAGAAGCCCGCCAACGCACCCAACCCAGCUCGUGCCGGUGCCACGAUGGCAUACCACAAGGGCCGAGGCAUCAUGUUUGGUGGUGUCCACGAUGUCGAACUGAGUGAAGAAGGCAUUGACAGUGAAUUCUUCGAUACCAUGUUCGCCUGGAACACUGACCGGAAUCGCUUUUUCCCCUUGGCUCUCCGCCGGCCCAGGGCCCAGGGCAAGAAACAGCUCGCAAACCAGAUGAAGUCCCGAGACCGGAGCAAGGCCGACGAGGAGGAGCUGCUGCAGAACUUGAAGGCUCUAGAGGCCAAGGGAGGCAUCCGUAGUCAGGAUGACGAUGACCUGGAACUGAACGCUCCCAAGAAGGAGGAAGAGCCUGAGAAACCGGAGAAGCCUGCCAUCGUACGCUUCGAGAUGCCUCACCAACGAUUUAACGCCCAGUUGGCCGUCCAGGACGACACUCUAUUCAUUUUUGGCGGAACCUUCGAAAAGGGAGAUCGCGAGUUCACGUUCAACGACCUGUACUCGAUCGACCUGGUCAAGCUUGAUGGUGUCAAGGAGAUCUUCUACAACGAACCCGGAAACUGGCAUCUCCUCAACGAAGCAGACAGCGACGAGGAAAUGGACGAAGACGACGAGGAGGACCUCGAAGAUGAGGAAGAGGAGGAUGCGAUGUCGCUGGAUACGGCUUCCCCUGCGCCCACGGAGGUAACCGUACCUUCCGUGACCCAGGAACUGGAACAACUGGAAGUGGAAGAGCAAGAAGGCGAGCCGUCCGUUCAGGACAGCAGACCUCUUCCUCGUCCCUUCGAGAGUCUGCGUGAAUACUUCAGCCGCACGUCCGAGGACUGGCAAAGAAUCCUCCUAGAGACUCUGAAAGAGAAAGGAAUCGCCACAGAGAAGAACAUCAAGGAACUACGGAAAGACGCUUUCAACAUGGCGGAAGAGAAAUGGUGGGAUAGCAGAGAGGAGGUCAUGGCUCUGGAAGAUGAACAAGAAGAGGCUGGUAUCGGUGAGGUUGUUAGCAUUGCUGAUAGAGGCGACAAUGCUGGGGGUGCUGGAAGACGCAGGUAAUGCUGGGGAUAAACCUUGGAUAAAAAUAGCUGUUCUAAAAUCGCAUUUCAAGAC